AUGGAGGCGCUCCUGGCCGUCCCUGGCGCUGAGUUUACCGAGAAGGGACUGGACGACCUGAUAGUACGACACAUGGGACUACAACAGCAGAAGUUCGGUAAACCUGGCUGGGCUCAGGCUUUCGAAGACAUCCCGGGCGUAUACCCCGUCAAGGGCUACCCUGCAUAUCCGGACAAGGCAGUGAGAGUGCCGGUAAAGUCUUUCCCUUUGGGGUACCAUUACUCCAAACACCUCAAAAGGCUUCGCGAAAACGGAGCUAGUUCGUCACGUUCCCGCACCGAGUCUUUGGACUUCCGCUUCGAAGCGAUCGUGCGAACGGUUAACAAUCGUGUAUACCAAAAUAUGACGAGUUUCGCAUGGCAGGAUGUCAUCAGGAGCGGUAAUGACGGCAAUUGGAAUGCUUUGGAGCAGGAUAUCCUGGACUUCGUCAAGGGGGAUUUUCUCGUCCAGGUAAGCUACCUGGACAGCGUCUACGUUCCGGAAAAGCUCGACAAGGAGACACACUGGAAGCUUCUUGCUAGAUCCUGCAUGGGUAACGGUCACGCGAAGGUUAUGGAGUCUUUGGAGCGAGUGUCGGGAGCUGAGGCGACUCGGCAUCAGCUUUUCUAG